AUGACUCCAGUGAGACACCGCUGUCUGAGCAACUUUCCCCAGCACCCCAGAGAGAAGCCACUGAUCUCAGCAGAACCUUCAGUGUCCCAACUGUGGCGGUUCCAUAAAUCAGAGAGAGCAGUUGAAGCCUCGUCCAACUCUGAAAAACCGGAGAACUUAUUGUCUGCUAUAAGAACUUCCGAACCAUAUGGAGGCCUGGUUCACAAAAUGCGAAUUCUGCUUUUGGGCCCAAUUGGAGCCGGGAAGUCUAGCUUUUUCAACUCAGUGAAGUCUGUUUUCCGAGGCUGUGUAACAAACCAGGCCUUGGUGGGGUCUAAGACAACCGGGGUAUCUGAAAAGAUGAGUCUGUUCUAGUACAGAACAUAUUUCAUUAAGGAUGGGAAGGAUGGCAACACCCGGCCAUUUAUUCUGUGUGACUCAAUGGGGCUGAGUGAGAAAGAAGAAGGGCUGUGCAUGGAUGACAUACCCUAUAUCUUAGAAGGCUGAAUUCCUGACAGAUACCAGCUAGAGGCAGUUCACAGAGAACUUGGAUGUUCUUCUGACAUCUUUGUGGUUAGUAAUUAUACGUCAGAGUGGGAGCUGGAGCCUGUCAUGGACGUUCUGAACCUCUCUGCAUUGAGACAGAUGCUGUGGGCUGCAGAUGACUUCUUAGAGGAUUUGCCUCUUGAGGAAACAAGUAGAUGUUUUUGAGGUGUAGAAGCUUGAAGGUGUCAGCUACAUGGCUACUUCCGGUUUGGGUACAUCCUAGAGGAUCUAUACUACUUCCCA